CUUUCCGCUCAAAUCUUAGUAGGAAGUUGACGUGCCUAAGGUGCUCUGUUCUUCUUUGGAAGCUAAGGCCCAGAAUCCGGCGACUAGCACCACUAAAAUUAGGCAUCCGACGCCAAAACUAUAAAAUCCACCCAGAAAAAUGGCAUCUGUAUCUGAGCUUGCUUGUAUUUAUUCUGCCCUGAUCCUCCACGACGAUGAAGUCACCGUAACAGAGGACAAGCUGUUGGCCCUCAUCAAGGCUGCUAACGUGACAAUUGAGCCUUUCUGGCCCAGCCUCUUCUCCAAGGCCCUGGCAAGUGUGGACAUCGGCAGCCUGAUCUGCAACGUGGGCGCUGGUGGCGGAGCUGCCCCUGCCGCCGCUGGAGGUGCCGCUGCUACAGCCGACGCCCCAGCCAAGGAAGAGGACAAGAAGGAAGAGAAGAAAGAGGAGUCCGAGGAAGGUUCCGAUGAUGACAUGGGCUUCGGUCUUUUCGACUAAACCAGUUUUUGUAACAAAUAAAAUCCAAAAACGAAACUAGCAACA